CGUUUUAGGCGCUCAAAAUGUUGUCUCCCUGGGUUGUCGCUAGGUUCGCAGCCGCAGCGACAUCUGGUUCUGUCCAUGCGUUCAGGGCCUUCCGCCCGACCACCAGCGCAAUUUUAGGCCUUUCUUCUCGCUCAACAGCUGGCUCGGUACGAACUUAUGCAGAAGCGUUCUCUCGGGCGAAACCGCAUAUGAACAUUGGCACCAUUGGUCAUGUUGAUCAUGGAAAAACAACUCUCACAGCUGCUAUCACCAAAGUUUUGUCGCAAAAGUCGGGCUCUAAUAAGUUUGUUGACUAUGGGUCAAUUGACAAAGCUCCCGAGGAACGUCAGCGAGGCAUCACUAUCAAUUCCUCGCACGUGGAAUACGAAACGGAUGCUCGUCAUUAUGGUCACAUUGAUUGCCCUGGACAUGCCGAUUACAUCAAAAACAUGAUUACCGGAGCCGCCCAGAUGGAUGGUGCUAUUAUCGUCGUAUCUGCAACGGAUGGCCAAAUGCCUCAGACCAGGGAACACUUACUUCUCGCGCGUCAAGUCGGUAUCUCAAAGCUUGUGGUUUUUAUCAACAAGGUGGAUCAAGUCGAGGACCAAGAAAUGCUUGACCUUGUGGAUAUGGAAAUGCGCGAGUUGCUUAACGAAUAUAAAUUCGAUGGUGACAACACGCCAAUCGUCAUGGGGUCAGCUCUGGCCGCUCUCGAAGGGCGUGAUGAGGAAAUUGGUGCCGCCAAGAUAGUCGAACUUGUCCGGAACUGCGAUGAGUGGUUAGACUUACCCCCUCGUGACCUCGAGAAAUCAUUCUUGAUGCCUAUUGAAGAUGUAUUCUCUAUCUCUGGGCGUGGUACUGUCGCAACUGGCCGUGUUGAGAGAGGCAUUUGCAACAAGGGAGAUGAAGUCGAAGUAAUCGGUCUUGGCGAAUCGUUCAAGACCACCCUGACCGGAAUUGAAAUGUUUCAUAAGGAACUUGACAGAGGUCAGGCUGGUGACAACAUGGGCGCCCUUCUUCGUGGCACCAAGCGUGAACAGGUGCGCAGAGGACAGGUUAUCGCUGUACCUGGAUCCAUCAAGUCCGCCAAGAAAUUCCAGGCUCAGGUAUACGUCUUGACCAAGGAAGAAGGUGGACGCUACACUCCUUUCAUGCAGAAUUACAAGCCACAGUUGUUCCUCCGUACCGCUGAUAUCACAGUUGCCCUCAGCUUCCCGCCAGGGACACCUGACGUCGAAGAGAAACUGGUUAUGCCUGGUGACAACGUUGACCUUGUUGGGGAACUCGUCCAUGAUGUCGCAAUGGAGGUUGGAUCACGAUUUACACUCCGUGAAGGCGGGAAGACAGUCGGCACUGGCCUCGUCACCCAUAUCCUUGGUUGAGCUCGAAUGCUAUCCUAAGAUUUUCACCAUGUAUCACUUCGCUCACCGAAGUGAAUUCACUACAUUCUCACUGCUCGCUUAGACAGUCUGUCCCCUUUCCCGUUAUCUACCCUCCAAUCUCGCCGCCUCACGCCCUAUAAUACUUCCUAUUACACUGCACCCUUUCCCUCCCUAGUUUGAGGGAUGCUCCAUAUGGUGUCAAAAAAUUGUUGAGGUUCAGUUGACCCCACUUACAUAAAAAAGAUAUGGAAACAGCCCCCCUCUCACCAGCUACGGACAUGGAGUGUGUUUUUGGCUGAUCAGAUAAAGUUUGAUGAUCCACUCGUAGUCAUAGUGCAUGCCAUACUCUCACUGGCUCAGGCACUUAAAUUUCAAAAAUUGGC